GGUCGGGCUCUGCAACAUAUUGAAGCUUCACAGAUCAGAAGGCUGAAGCUUAAUGAGCAGAUCGCGCCUCAUGGAACUCGGGCCUGGUGCACCAUGGGAUCGCUCCGAUGUGAAAUGUUUGAAUUUGGAUCGAAACAGGAGAGAGACGCCAUGGAGCCGCUCCGAUUGGAAACAGAACAGAUGGAACUGGUCGGCGUCACUCAUGUCGGAGAUGCCAUCACGUUCUGGGGGCAGAAUGUGGACGAUGAGGACGCGGUGGACGCGAUUGUGAGGGCGCUGUGUGAGAAGUGCGAGACCGCGCCCAAGGUGCAGGGACAGCCCUCUACUCAGAAGAUCUAUGCGGCACGUUACUCUGAGGACCAGUUCUGGUACCGCUGCAGAGUGCAACAGCAGACACAGGACAAGUUCCAGGUGUUCUACGUGGACUACGGGAACAGUGAGGUGGUGGAGCGCUCGGUUCUGGUGGAGCUUCCGGAAGAGCUGCAGUCGGCGCCGCUAGCCAAGAAGUACCGGUUCUGGGGGUUCCACAUCCCCAACGAGCAGGACGCCGCACGCCAAGAGCAGGGCAAGAGCUUCCUGCUGCACCUGAUUAACGGGAAGCGCCUGCGCGUGCGUAAGAAGUCGGUGUGCUUCGACGGCACCAUCCUGGUGCAGGCGUAUCAAGGCCAGCUCAACGUGGGAGACGAGGUGCUGAAGAUGCAGUUCGCCCGCUGCAGCGCUCCGCCCGGUUGCCGUGGCGACGGGCCGCUCUCCCCCCCGCGCCCCCUCCCGUCCCAUGAUGCACUCUGGCCCCUCGUGCCCCUCGACCGCGCCGGGCAGGGCGACGCUGACACCUGCCUCCCCCGCCUCCGACCCACCCUCACCGAGCAGGCCCCGCAGGUGUGCAGGGAGAAGAGCACAUUAACCAGUCUGCUACCUGCCAACUCUCUGAAGAAACAGGUUGAGAUGGAGCUGCUGGAGGAGAGUGAGCAGCUAAGGGAGGAGUUACAGCGGCUACAGAAGGAGGUUCUGUGUGCAGCAGAGGAGAAAAAAGAAUUACAGGAGGAGAAGAGCUUUCUACAGCAGAGAGUUCAACACCUAGAGCAGCAGAUUCAGCAGGGGAUGGCACACACUGAGCGCGUGCAGACACGUGAAACCCAGACUGAGCGCGUGCAGACGGCCGGGGUGCAGAUGCAGACUGAGCGCGUGCAGACGGCCGGGGUGCAGAUGCAGACUGAGCGUGUGCAGACAGCGGAGGUGCAGUCGAGUGAGGCGCAGACUGAGCGUGUGCAAACGCCCCUCAUGGAGCAGCUCUCCUGCCUGGCCAACAAGGUGGAGUCAGUUCGGAGACUAAGAGCCAGCAACUCUAGCAGCACGGUGGUAGACACACUCCUGGAAGCUGUGGAUGUCGUCGUUGGCAACCACAUCUCUGCUCCUGCUGUCAUGGCAACACUGGAGGUGGCGUGGACGGAGUUUGAGCAUGCUCAGGAGAAGCUGAAGUUCUGCAGCCAGAGAGAAGAGCUGGGGGCUCUUGUGGCGUUUCGGGACCGUCUGCGUGAGGAGCUCUCAAUCGCCGUGGAGACCUUCCUGCAGGAGACCAACACCUUGCCCAUCACUGAGCGCACACACACUCUGGAGGAGCUGCUGGAGCGUGUGCGUGGUGUGUGUGCGGUGGGUGCAGUGGCGGGCGUUAUCCAGCAGGGGGCGUUUGAGGCGCUGCGGCGCCGCAGGAGUCUGAGCAGGAAGCAGAGCGGAGUCCGUUACCACGCCGACCACGCCCUCAACAACCUGCACACCUACCUCAACAACAGCCUGGGACAGCUGCUGUGUGUGUCGGGGCAGGGCCCUGUGUGUGUAUCAGAUGUGUGUGAGGGGGCGGAUAUGAUGCUUCUGCUGGCUGAUUCGGCUCUAGCUCAGGAGCUGGAGGAGUCAACAUCUGUACAGAGCUGUGUGGACUCCCAGCUGAUCUCCAACACUCAGCACGGCCUGCUGCAGCUCAUUCAGAAGGAACUGGAUCUGCUCCGAGUCAUCUCAGACAAACACACACUCUGCUCUCAGCUGAAGCAGCAGGCAGUGCAGUGGCAGGCUGGGCCUCCUUCUCUUGCGGAGCUGCUGUCCAUUAAGAAGCAGAUCAGGAGCCUCAACACACAGCUGCGCUGGAGACUCAUGGAGGCUAGCGUGCUGGAGGAGGCAGAGGAGCCAGACCUGAUGGAGGUUCUGAAGAAGAAGGAGGAGAUCACUGGAACCAGGAAGGCCCUGUUCAAGUCCAUCAGUGCAGAGCAGAGAGAAUAUGAGAAGCUUGUUGCUAUGACGAAGACCAGUUUCCCUGAACUUCCUCUUCUCCACCCAGACGCAGACAUCCUCACCUACAUGAGGUCAGGUGGUGUGUUGCUCAAGUCUCUGGACAGGGACAUGCUGGAUACGGAGCCGUUGAGGGAGCUCAGUGGGAGGAGGCCGCUGCUCUGCUCAGAGUUCCUGGGACAGAGAGUCAUCCUGAAGGGCUACUGUGUGGAGGCGGAUGGUGAGGAGAAGGUUCUUGCCAGGGCAACGCUGUUCGGUCAGACGCAGAAGAACUGCCCCCACCUCCUCCCCCUACUGGGACUCUUCUACGGGAAGAAUGAUCCCUUGGCCUAUGUGAUGGUCCCGUAUCUCCCCAACAGCAGUUUGAGGAUGGUGCAGAAGAGGAGUCCUCUCACCAGCUCUGAGGUCGUCAUGGUGAUGAGGGGCGUGGCUCUCGGUCUUGGGGCGCUGCAUUCCGCUGGCAUUACCCAUGGUGCACUGCACCCUGCCAACGUCUUCGUCACCAAUCGAGAGCAGGGCAUUGUGGGAGAUUACGACCUCACAAAGACAGCCGAACAGAGGGCGGUGGAUGCAGUGAUGAAAGCUGGAAAGAUCAGCCUGGUCUCCCCAGAACAGCGACAGGGAACACACACACACUCCACUACUGCCAGCGACAUGUACGCCUACGGAGGACUACUGCUCUGGCUGAAUCAUCCGGACUUUGAUGGAACCGUGAACCCAGACUCUCACACACCGGACAUGAGUGCAUUAAAGCUGGAGUCCCGCCUCCACUCUCUCCUGUCAAAGCUCCUGAUUGGCUGUGAUCGUCUUUUGGCUGCUGAUGUCGUGGCGGAGCAGUACUUCCUGACCAAUCAGAGCCCAGCCCUGGCAUGAGCGUCAGCUGUUUGGUUUUGUUGUUGUUGUUUUGUUUUUACUGUUUAUGUUUACUAACCAACGUCUGCUUUUAUUUGUUUACUAGCAAACGUCUGCUUUUAUUUGUUUACUGAUGGACGUUUGUGUUGAAGCCGCCUUGCGUUGUGCGUAGCCGCCAGAGUUGUGUGUUGUUUUUGCAGUUGGUCAUGAGGUGUUGACGGAGAGGUGUGUGUAGGUGUGUGUGUGUGUGUUGUACCUGCCAGAGAGAAAUAAACUUCUUCAGAGGAGUCCGCUCACACAU